GCGAAAGGAGAAUUAAUCAACCACAAUGUGACCGUACAGGCGAAAAAAACUCGGCGCUCACAUAGCACGCGGACAGAGUGGGGGAAGGGAAUCUACACAGAGGCCAGAUACAAGACAACAAGAGUUACCGGGGGAAGAAUUAAGAGGUUCCGAAUGAAAUGGGAGGAAAGUAGCUAGUGAGCUAUACAUUUACCUAGCUAGUGAAGUUGGAGGAUAUUUCCUUGUGGAAGUUAGCUAGCCAGCUAGCCAGCAUAAGCGGUGGCGACCACGCAGCAGCGUACUUUCUUUGGUCUAGUGGGCCCACCCUUCAUAGAGACCUCAUCAGUUGAGGUGGGCUAAGAUGAGUAUAACCAGUGAUGAAGUCAACUUCUUGGUUUACCGAUAUCUCCAGGAAUCUGGUUUCUCCCACUCGGCUUUCACCUUCGGCAUCGAGAGCCACAUCAGCCAGUCCAACAUCAAUGGAACGCUAGUGCCCCCUGCUGCCCUCAUCUCCAUCCUGCAGAAGGGUCUGCAGUACGUGGAGGCGGAGAUCAGCAUCAACGAGGAUGGCACGGUCUUCGAUGGCCGGCCGAUCGAGUCCCUGUCCCUCAUCGACGCGGUGAUGCCGGACGUGGUGCAGACGCGGCAGCAGGCCUUCCGGGAGAAGCUAGCGCAGCAGCAGCAGCAGGCCGUCGGCACCAUGGCAACCAUACAGCAGAACGUGCCGAAGAACGGGGAGGCCACCAUGAAUGGGGAGGAGAACGGGGCUCACACAAUGAAUAACCACUCCGAGAUCUCCAUGGAGAUUGAUGGGCAGAUGGAGAUCCCUGCCAACAAGGCCACCGUGCUGAGGGGCCAUGAAUCUGAGGUCUUCAUCUGCGCCUGGAACCCUGUCAGCGACCUUCUGGCGUCAGGCUCGGGUGACUCGACUGCACGUAUCUGGAACCUGAACGAGAGUGGGAACAAUGGUUCCACGCAGCUGGUACUCAGACACUGCAUUAGAGAAGGCGGGCAGGAUGUCCCCAGCAAUAAGGAUGUUACCUCCCUGGACUGGAAUAGUGAUGGGACACUCUUAGCAACCGGAUCAUAUGACGGCUUUGCGAGGAUAUGGACAAAAGACGGUAAUCUGGCAAGCACAUUAGGGCAACAUAAAGGUCCUAUAUUUGCACUGAAGUGGAAUAAGAAAGGAAACUCUAUCCUGAGCGCAGGGGUGGACAAGACGACAAUCAUCUGGGAUGCGCACACAGGUGAAGCCAAGCAGCAGUUCCCCUUCCACUCAGCACCCGCCCUGGAUGUUGACUGGCAGAAUAACAUCACCUUCGCCUCCUGCAGCACAGACAUGUGCAUCCACGUGUGCCGGCUAGGCAGCGACCGGCCUCUCAAGACCUUCCAGGGACAUACGAACGAGGUCAACGCCAUCAAGUGGGACCCCUCCGGGAUGCUGCUGGCCUCCUGCUCUGAUGACAUGACCCUAAAGAUCUGGAGUAUGAAGCAGGACUCUUGCGUCCAUGACCUCCAGGCUCACAGUAAGGAGAUCUACACAAUCAAAUGGAGCCCCACCGGACCUGGCACCGGCAACCCCAACUCCAACAUCAUGCUCGCCAGCGCCUCCUUCGACUCCACGGUGCGGCUGUGGGACGUGGACCGGGGCAUCUGCAUCCAUACGCUGACCAAACACCAGGAGCCCGUCUACAGCGUGGCCUUCAGCCCCGACGGGAAGUACCUGGCCAGCGGCUCCUUCGACAAGUGCGUCCACAUCUGGAACACCACGAGCGGAGCCUUAGUGCACAGCUACAGAGGGACCGGGGGCAUCUUCGAGGUGUGCUGGAACAGUACAGGGGACAAAGUGGGGGCCAGUGCGUCCGAUGGAUCGGUUUGUGUUCUGGACCUUCGAAAAUAAAGUCCCAGCACGGAUUUUCAAGAUGGACCGUGGAUUGUUUGGCGAGACGCUGUUGGUUGUGCCAGUUUCGAACACGUUGUGUUUUGAAAUCAAAACCGCACAACAACCAGCAACCAGGUUCCCCUCAGCAACACCGAAAAAGGCCACCUACCUGUGGG